AUGGAAUAGAAAAUUUUUAUCUCACAUUUAGAUAGCAUAUCAAAUGAUGGGGUUUCAAUUGUUACUCACUCAAGCCCUUUAAUUUUUGUUUAAUUUGGUAACUUUAGCUUUUAUAAUUGUACCUUUCUAAUCUAUUUAUAUACAAUUCUUAAUGAAAAUUGUAAACUUUUUUGUAACUUCAAUAAUUAUAUAAAAAUUAUCUAAUUUAGAAUACAGGAUUUAUAAUUAACAAUCCAAUAAUUUAGAAUAAAAUUUAAUAUAAUGUAAUAAUUUAAUUAAUAUUUUUAGAAUCUUUUGGAAAAAUACAAAUAUUCAAUAUUUAAAUCUCCUAGGUAUUUCAAAUUUAAGUAAGUGAAAAAAGAGAAUGUUUGCCAAUUAAUCCAGAAUUUUUCACUCAACUAGAAUGUCCUAUGAAAAUAAAUAAAAUUAAUACUUAAAUUACAGAGACCAAUUCUAAUGCUUAAAAUUUAAUAAAAUUAAUUUUUAAUCAAUUGAAGAUAUUUUAAAAUCCACUUCUAAUUUUAGUUUAAUUGAAAUUAAUAAAAUCAAUUUAAAGCAUAGCUUACAAGUAGAGUAGUUAUAAAUUUAAAAUAUUUAAUGCAAAAAAUGCAAAUUGAGUUUAGUUAGAAUUUUUGAUAUUGAAUAAUUAAAUGUUGAAAAUAUCAAAUUUUCAUAAAUUCUUAUAUAAAAUAGCAAAUGUGGAAGGGCUGGUUGUUUAUUUAUUACUAAGAGUAUUAAUGAUUUUAUUAUUUUAAAUUUACCUUCAAAUUAUCGAAUAUUACAAUUGCACGAUUACUAAACUUUUAUUAAUGAAAUGGAACAUUAAGUGAUUAUAGAAAACAGCUUAUUCCUAAAUAAUUCCGCCUCUUUUGGUGGAUCACUUUUAAUAGGGUUGAAAACAAAAUUGUAUUCAAACGCAUUUUCAGAAAAAAAAUUUGUUCAUUAUUUCCAUAUUUUUUUAUGUUUUUUUACUAUUUUUAUCUGA